AUGCCGAGUCCCUUUGGCGAACCCCCGAUAGACAUCAAUCUAGGUGAGAACCACACACCUCGAAACAAUGCCACUGUGGUUUGCAUGUUCGGGCUUGCAGCGACGGCAGUUGCUCUGCGAGUGAUUGCGAGGGUCAGGGUUCAGCAUGCGCCAAUCGCAGCUGACGAUUGGUUUAUCUUCGCAGCAAUGCUUCCGGUCAUGGCAACCCUCGUCUGCACCGUUCUGGGGGGCACUUAUGGUCUUGGAAGGCAUGCCUGGGUGGUCCCUCUAGAUAAUGUGAUUGUCGUCAUGCAAGUACUCUUCGCAUAUGUUCUCAUCUACAUAUUCACUAUUCCCCUGAUCAAAAUGUCAAUAAUCUGCUUUUACCGACGAAUAUUUGGUAUGAACGCGGCUAUGUGGUUCUGUAUUUUCCUCACUCUGGGCUACUGCGUUGCCUGCACGAUAACAUUUCUUUCCUGCUGUCGCCCACUGUCUUAUUAUUGGACGCAAUACCGAGACUCCAGCGGCGGUAAAUGUGUCUUCGACCUCUACUCCUUUUACAUUGGAAACGCAGUGGCCAACGUGGUCACCGACGUCAUCAUCUUGCUUGUUCCCAUCCCGUUGAUCUGGAAACUCCAGAUGCGGACGACACUGAAGGUGAUGAUCUCGUCGAUAUUCAUUCUCGGGGGGUUUGUCUGCAUCGCAAGCCUCGUCAGAAUCUACUUUAUGACGUUCCUUAAGUCAUCCGUUGAUAUCACCUGGAUUAUGGGCGACGUUUUCAUAUGGUCCAGCGUUGAGCCUUGCGUGGGAAUUCUCUGUGCCUGUCUUCCAACUAUUAGACCUCUGCUGCGGUCGGCUUUCCGGCGUCUUUUGGGAUCGCUAAAAGCUGAGCAAACGUUCGGACCCAGUAGCUCCGAUGCGGACGUUAACGAGCUGCAUCAUCGCCAACUUUUUGAACGACCCGUAUCCAUUGGCCACUGUUCCCCACUGGAGGCGACCUUGAAUUCUGGGGAUAAGGAGAUGGUGCUCCUCAAGUCCGUUACUAACGUUGAGGUGAUCUGA